CGCGACUAGUUCUCAACGAUAUCUUCCGCACGUUCAUAUCAACAGUAUGGAUUUCUCCUCCUUCGUAAAGUACAAUGAGAAAGAUGUCAUCCCCGAGACCCCUCAUCUCUCAAUCAGCCUCCGCGCCCCCAUCGAACUCUCGAUUAUCGGUGCUGUUCCAUACCCGAUCCAUUUCACUAUUCGGCGCGUGGCAAAAGGGGACGGGACCGAUUCCCGUCCCUGCAUCUUCCGCUUCGAUCCUUCCGUCGACGCCUUCUCUCCUCCCUCUGGCCUCAUCCUGCUGCGUCAUCGUUGGAGCAGCGGCGGCGGCGGCCUUGAGGCUGUCCCAGUCAACCAUGGGUAUUGUCACUCCGCCGGCCAACAAGACAGCAGUCAGUUCUUGUGGGAGCUCGCCGCCCCUGGGGACGAGGUCAGCCUGACGGCGACGCUGCCCGAGCGGUACUUCCGUGCUUUGGAGGACAGUUGGCAUACGUUCACGCUGCUGUAUCCUGGAACGGAGUUCCUGCUGUGGGACUGGGGUACGGCACAGGAACGUGUUGGCUGGGUUUCGAAGGGGACUCGGAAGCUGGUGGUUCCCGGCGGCGCGCGCGUCAACUUUGCGGCGGGACACUUCAGCGAGUAUCGGACAGCUGACCCGCCUUGGUUCAACCCGCCUCCUCUGGUGGAGCCGUCGGAUAGAGUGUGAGUAGUAUUCUUAUCUCCCUUCCGACAGCCCUUAAAGCAGUCAUUACUGGUUUUAACAUUCCCAGUCCUGGCGCACCAUACUUUACAGUGACAGUCACGGGCCCGACACUCGUCAAGAGCUACGAAAAUCUGAAGUUAACGCUUCGUUUCACCUAUCACGGAGUUACAGGAACCAACGGCAGCCUUCAGGGGUCUCCUACACCCUCUGUAACGUUCCAUUCUUGGGUACUUACC